GCCCAACAUUUUGAGACCCAUGCGCUGUUUGCCCAGCUGGCCGGGCGGGUUGCCGUCCUCUCUGAGUCGCUAGGGACCCGCCCGGCCCGGCCGCAACCGCAGUCCGUGCUGGUCCACCUCCGCACAGGUUCACCGUCCCGCCCUGCCAGGGUACCCAACAUGAAGUCCACCCUGUUUUGUCUCUGCGCCGUGGUUCUCGGAGCCACCGCACUGGUCGACCUGGGCGGCAAGCUUGAGAGCGGGCUGGAGACCGUCGUGGGCAACGCGCUGGAAACAACCGGCGACGUUCUGACUAGCGACGACUUCUCCAAGAUCCAGUUCAUCCUCUACACGAACUCUCAGAAUGCCAGCUACCCCAUCGCCAAUGCCGCCGACCUGCUGGCGGACGCGAACUUCGACGCCAGCAAGCCCACCGUCCUCUACAUGCACGGCUGGCAGGAGUCCAACGAGAGCGAGAGUGUCGGCGUGGUGUCCAGAGCGUUCCUCCAGCGUGGAUCCCACAACUUCGUCCUGCUGGACUGGGGCGCAUACGUGGAUGGCGAUUACAUCACCUCGUUCCUGCGCGUCUCUGCAGCGGGCGAGGCCGUGGGCGCCGCGGUGAACCGCAUGGUGGACGCCGGCCUCGACCGGGACACCUUCUGGCCCAUCGGCCACUCCCUGGGCGGCCAGCUCUCCGGCGUCAUGGCCAAGAGCCUCAACUUCAAGCCCAGCAGGAUCACGGCGCUCGACCCCGCCGGGCCGGGCUACGGCGUCCCGGGGACUCCCGAGCUGUCGCGCGACGACGCCGUCAUGGUGGACGUGAUCCACACGGACGCCGGAGUCGCGGGCUUCGCCGCCAACGACGGCACCAUCGACUUCUGGCCGAACGGCGGCACGCGGCCCCAGCCCGGCUGCAACGUCGGCGAGACCGACCUCCCGGACUCGCUGCUCUUCUGCAGCCACCACCGGUCCUACGAGUUCUUCGCCGAGUCCGUCAACGACGAGACCGCCUUCCCCGCCGUCAGCUGCCGCUCGUUACUCGCCUUCGAGAGCGGCCUGUGCCCCGUCGGCAAAUCCAACGUUGUUUACAUGGGCUUCGCCGCGCCUGCCACGGACCUUACCGGCACCUUCUUCCUGCGCACCGCGUCUGAGAAGCCCUACGCCCUCGGCGUCGAGGGGGCCCUGCCGGCCACGACCACCACCACCACCACCACCACCACCGAGGCUGCCACCACCACCGAAGCUGCCACCACCGACGCCGCCACUACGAUUCCUAGCGUCGCUGACUCGGCCAGCAGCGGCGGUAUCGUCGGUCUUCUGCGGUGGCUCGGCUAAACGCUGCGGCAGCACAGGAAAGCUUGCCGCCAAAAAACCGAGGGGUGACCCACUGUCAAAUUUUAUGUACAAUGAUUGUGUGAAGUGCAAGAAUGUCUAAGAUUUCUGACGUUUUUGCCACACUUGUUGGCUACUUACAGGCGUUUUGCCACCUGAAUGUGGAAUGUGGUCAAAUUUUGUACAAUGAAUGUGUGAAGCUGUUCCCCCCUCCCAAAACACCGACCGCCGGACGCGGCAUUUGAAUGACAGGAUAGUCUGAUUCAAAUAAAGAGCGAAACCCUUAUGCAA